AUGAAUACGCGACGUCCAUCGCGUUCAUCCGUCUCGCAUCGCGGGCGACGCGUCAUCGCCGCGGCGCAGGCCCCGGACGGAACUGAGCUCGCGCGCGUGCUCGAGGUGGCCGUGGGCGCGGCGAAGGAGGGUGGAAUCAUCAUGGCUCGAAAAGUCGGCGCAGAUGUGAUUAAAACCAAAGUGAACGCGCGUGACUUGCUCACAGAGGUGGACGGAGAGGUGCAGCGCAUCAUAGAGACGCGCGUGGCUGAGGCUUUCCCAGAACACGGAUUUUUGGGUGAAGAAAGCGUCGCGGCGGGCAAAGACGCGAGCGCGGACGCGCUGAGAGACGUCCUGCGACAAGGACCGAACUGGCUUUGGAUUGUCGAUCCCAUCGACGGCACGACGAACUUCGUGCACGGCAUGCCAUUAUCCGCGAUUUCUAUUGGCGUGGCGUACAAAGGGGAAUUACAAGCGGCUGUGAUUUUAGAUCCGUUCCGAGACGAAUGCUUCACCGCUACGCUCGGUGGUGGCGCUAAAUUAAAUGGUUCGCCCAUGAAGGUGGGAGAGGAGAGUACUGCGUUGGAAGCAGUCGUCGUCACUGGAUACGCACCCACGGAUGCAUCGACAGAUGUCAUGCUCAAAGGGAUGACAGGUAAACACGCGCUCGCGCGUCGUUAA